UUUAGCCAAAAGUCCUCGCGUUAGCCCGUUCUCUCUUCCUCUCCCCAAAGUGAAGACAGGCGCAAAGAAGGAACGGAUGAACCGCAGAACCCAUCGCCCACAGCCGGGGCUAACCUUCCCCGCGUCCCAAAGAAGCAUAAAUAUAAGGACACGUCUUUUUCUCGCAGCUGUUAAUCUCGCCAUCAGGAGGGGGAUGUGUGAAAGAAAGGACACCAAAGAAACGUGCCCUAAAACUCAGCCCAGCCCGUUUCAACCAAGGCAAGCUUAGCCUACCUCAAAGGGCUGUUGUAAAAGAUCAAGCAAGGAAGCAGCGGUGAAAAAGCUCCACCCUAGGCAUGAAAGCAACUUGAGUGACUUUGGGCCAAUCACCAGGAGACGGUGAGUUGUUUAUAAAAGUAAUAAGGGCAGGAAAUAAAAUAAAAUAAAUAAAAUGAAAUAAAUGCCUGAUUUAAAUGCACUCUGUACUGAUGGAUUUGGGCCGAAAAGAAACAGAACAAGGUCAGGUUUAGAGCCAAUAUUAAACAUUCUCACUCUUCCCAUUUUUCCAAUCUAACUAUAGCUUCUUCAAUGGGGCUAAGACUUCUGCUCUUUUUGACACCAGGAUUCAGCUCUCGUAAAAUCGCACUCAGCUCAAUCCGGGUUUGAAAACGGGCAUGUAGAAAUCUAACAGAUCCGGUGGAAAAAGCCUACUCUAACCCAGACUAACCAACCCAGUUAGUUAGCUACAGGUGGCUACAUCCGAGGCCGUGAAUUCAAGAGCUAAUAUUUGAAUAAAAAAGGUGAAUUUCCUGAAUUUUGGGCCUGACGCUUCUCCUUUCCUACAACAUGUUCGUGGAUGAAGGAAAGCCAUACCCACAAUUUUUUCUCAAGUUUAGUUUUUUGGCUGCGGGAAAAGCCAGAAUUCAGAUUUGAGAAAGAUGCAAUUGACCGACCAAUUCUCUAGGGAAACUUGACCAGGCCCCCUUUGCCUUCCAGAGCUGAGAUCAGCCUGUCUAGAAAUACUAGUUUUUGUUUGUUUUUUUUUAAGUUAUCCGGAUGCUAUCAGGAAGUAACCAACUGAAAAUCCAGAAAUGGUGCAACUUUGGAAACGGUGGCAGGAACUUCCGUUCUCCAGCGUCGGUUGCAAGUCAACAGAAGAUUAUAGGAAGAAGGUGUGGAGAACUUUAAGGAGCUGUUCUUUCAGCACUAUGGAAGGUCACAAAUAUUCUGGCUAUCUAGCUGAUGACGAGAGCUUCAGAAGACCUCAGGACAGCAAUGCCCACACCAGUCCUAGAAGAGGUCCCUAUGACUGGAGGGCCAUGCUUCGGCCUCCAUCUCGCUGUCAGUACCGAAGCCAAGAGCCGGCCACCUCCACCAGACCCGUCCACGGCUUCUCCCAGGCAGACCAAGGGAAACGAAAACGCCACCAAAGCAGCAGCGGCGGCAGCAACAACAACUACAACGAGAGACCCAGCGACCUGGCCAACGAGUUUUCCGAGUUUGUGGACUUCUUAGCUGACGAGGACGUCCUGGAGAGCCUCCAGCAGAUCGUGGAAGACGCCGUCAAGAAGCUUCGCGACGUGACAUCCCAAAGCGGGGAGCCCAUCUUUGACCUCCAGGAGGAAUCCACCUCAAGCGUGGAGAGCGAGACGUGGUCUUAUUCGUACACUUCGACGCGUUCCCAGAUCCAGUACCAAACCACCACCGCCACCACCACCGUGUCCAGCUCGGACGAUGACCAGGACAAGCACUUCCUGAGCCCAGAGUCGUCAAAGGCAGGGCGCCAAAUUUGCCUCUUGGAUAAAUAUGUCUCCAGGCUCCCCAAAGUUGGAAAGCAAGCUGCUCAGGAACUGUCGAGAAGAAUCCAUGCGGAGUCGUUUUCCGAACAGUCGGGGGAGAGUUACUUCCAGCAGCAACAUCUGCAGAUCUGGGCCAAGUCCUUUGAGCAUCCCAGGAGGGAAUUUUUUGCCAAGUUCCAGAGGGCCCUUCCUCAAUGCUCGUUGUCCUUCGAAUCGCUCCACAAGGAAAUCACCAGCGUCUUGAAGCGGCCGAUUCGGCAUGGCCUCCCACUGCCCUACAUCUGCCACGAGCACCUGCACCUCUUGGAGUUCUUAGAAGAAACCAAGAUCCUGGCAGGUCUCCAGGAUGUAAUCAACCAAGCGGUCCUCAAAAUUGUGGAGGCCACCGUGACGGGCGGCAUCGUCGAUCUCUUCGAUGAGGGUGGCUACUCGACCUCCUGGGAUUCGGAGGAGGAGAGCAUCUCCGAAAGUUAUGAAAGUGAGGAAGAAACCACCGAGGAAGACAAGUUCUACGGGAUCUGCAAGAAGGAGAAGGAGACCCUCUCGGAGGAGGAGAAGGGAAAACACACCCCACCUGCUCUCCCCAAAUCUAAGCAGAAGCCAACCACUCCGGAGGAGUCCGCUCGCAAAGGCAAGUCCGGCCCGCCCUCCAAAACAAAGGAAACCCCAACCAAGUCAAGAUACGUCCCACCUCCCCUGCCGAAAUCCAAACAGAAGAAGCAAGAGCCAAGCCAGGCUGAAACGGAGACCACCAAAUCGACUAGGCAUAUGAUCACUCCCAAAGAUAUCAAACGGGCGCGUCUCCAGGGUAAGCCCCUUCCCAAGCAGUCCAUCAUCGACUUCCUGAUCGAAAACGCCGCCAAGCUGAUCUUGUACAAGUACAAUUACGAGACGCUCCUGUCGGAGAAACUGGGUUUCAUCUCGGUCCCGGUCACCAAGGUUCUGCUGGAGAUCAUGUUCGGCUACAAGAAGAUCAAGGGUAGCGGGAUACGUCUCUCUUCUCAGAUCGACUGGACCAAAGUGUACGAUGAAGUCUCUAAGAAGCGGCCGGCCAAGGCCAAAGUGUCCAAGCAGGAGAAGAAGAAGAAAGCUGGCGAGAAGAAAAAAAUAGAGGAGAAGAAGAGUCUUUUCUCCAAGCCACUGGACGUGCCCAAAGGGAAGGUGGUGGCCGUGAAGCUGCACGGAGACCAGGGCACCCAUAAAGGCGGCGUGACGGAGGAGGGCGAGCCGGAGAUUUUUGAGAUCGUCCCUCCCCAGUUCCCAUCCGAUGCUGAACCGGCCUCUGCGGAUGAGAACGGGGGCACCCAACUAGCAAGCUCCAAACGCUCUCCUUCCAGCACAAAGGUCUCCACCAUCACGACAGACAAUCAUAAGAAAUCGGGAACUCAGGAUUUGGAGAAAUCGCCUUCAGCUCUUGGCACUCCACGGUCUUCGUGGUCCGUUCAAAAAGCCACCCCUGCCGUUCUGUUACCGGAGGUGGAUGCUACCAGCCAGGGCUCUGAAUCUCAGGCGAAGAAGUCUUUGACUCCCAAGUCCAGCUUUGCUGGAGACAGGAGCAAGACGGUGCUGCCCAAAAUCUGAAAACUCAAGCUUCUGUCGGAUUAAUAAAGGAUAUACAUUUGUCUACAGCCCUAGAGAGGUCAGAUCAGUGCCUUCCCCUCCACUGCAUCUCUACUGCUAUACCAAGAUGACCAGCCCGUUGAGCGUUCUGAUAUUGAGGCUUAUUUUGGAAUUCGGAAAAAAUAUUGAGUUUUAUUCUUCAGAAUCUAGCCUCUCUUCCACUUGGUCGGAGAUGUCUUGAGUUUUACACACUUUUUUUUUUUAAAUUAACAUUAAAAGGUCUUUUUUUCUUGGC